UUUCAUAGGUACUAUUGAUUUGGUAAUUGUGAACUGUAUCCAACAAUGUCGAGUAAAAAGGAGUCACUGUGCAGCUCAUCAGAUUCCUUGGAUGUUCUAGUGGAUCAGCUUCCAAACGUGAAACUCGGGGGGAAGAUUGAUAUCUACCAGUUGGAAGGUUUCUGGUUUGAUCGCCAUCUCCUGGAUGCCGCGGUUUCCUUCAAGUCACAAUUUGAGGCACGCGAUGAUGAUAUUAUACUGGCAUCCUUUACGAAAACUGGCACUACAUGGCUCAAGGCUAUUUGCACAUCUAUUAUGCAUAGGCAGAGAAGUAAGGAUAUUCUGGAAGAGGGCAGCCCUCAUAUCCAUGUUCCAACUAUUGAAUCUUUGGUUUUUUCAGGGAACCCUUGCAGUAUUAUUGCUGGUAUGAACUCACCUAGACUUCUUCAUACUCAUUUUCCGUAUAGUUUCUUUCGUGAUGCAGCCAAGAACUCAAAGUGCAAAGUUGUUUAUGUAACCCGAAAUCCUAAAGACACAUUUGUGGCUUGGUGGUACUUCGCCAACACUAUUAGCCAACACAACCAUUUUCCCAUUGACCUUGCUUUUGAAUGCUUCUGUAGUGGAGUUUUCCAUUAUGGUCCAUACUUUGAGCAUGUCCUACAAUAUUGGAACGAAAGCUUGAAGACGCCCCAUAAGGUACUGUUUAUGAAAUAUGAAGACUUAACAACUGACCCGAAAGGCCAGGUCGAAAAACUAGCUGCCUUUCUCGAUCAGCCCCUUACUGAGCAGGAAGUUGCAGAUAUAGUCUGGAGAUGCAGCAUUGACAGGCUCAAGAGCUUGGAAGUCAAUUCAAAAGGCUCGAUUCCUUGGACUGGCGUACCCAACAACUCCUUCUUUAGGCGUGGGGUUGUCGGGGAUUCAAAGAAUCACUUGACACCCGAGAUGGAAGAGCGACUCAAUCAACUUACUGCUCAGAAGUUCGAGGGAUCUAGCCUCAACUUUGAUGCAUAAACUCAAGAUUUUCUUGCAGUCUUGCAGCUAUAACUUGUGUUUCUUCUACCAGGUUGGUCCAUAUAUGCUCUAGUGCCUAUAAGUUCAAGAAUAAAUAGAAUUACCCUUUCUGAUGGAUCAUUUGGAAGUGAUAUGUUGGUGAAAUCUCAUUAGGAUUUAUGAAUAUUUGCUUUGGAACCCAAUAUGUUUGUUGAUUCUGGAGAUUGUAGGUUGAAUCAUUUAUAUUCCACUGCAAAUUACCUUUCAUCUUCUGUCUGUUUGAUAAGUUAAAAAGGUGUUGUAUAUGUAAUUUACAAUUAUCAUUAUUAUUCAUCAAACAUCCAAAAAAAAUUGCAUUAUUUUUUAUUAUCAA